CCACUUUUGGCAUAUACAGCAACACCAAAAACACCCUGCUUCAUUUAAAAUCAAUCUCCCAAAAUGUGGAAAACCCUAGUUAAACCCCACAUAUCAACCCUAACUCGAAGAACCCUAACUCACUCAAUCUCCCUCCAAUUACUCGAACAAAACAUCAUCCAAUCGCAAAAUCAACCACAUUUCUCCACUCUCUGCACCUUCACCACCACCGAACGACCAACAAUUUCGAAAACCCCCAAAAUCCAUUUCAUUCGGAGCUCCGAAUUUCUCGGAAACAGUUCCAGCUUCUGUUCUGCAGCAUCUGUUGAGGAAACCAGCUGCUGUUGGAAUUGCAAGACUCAAAAACCGUUUCUGAUUUGUGAAUCGUGUGGAUGUGUUCAACCUGUUGAUCAUUCGGUUGAUUACUUUAGGAUUUUUGGGUUAGAGAGGAAGUUUGAUAUUGAGGAUGGAAGUCUAGAAGGAAUCUAUAAAAACUGGCAGAAAAAGCUGCAUCCUGAUCUGGUUCACACAAGAUCUAAGGAAGAAAGAGAGUAUGCUGCUGAACAGUCUGCUAGGGUUAUCGAUGCUUAUACUACGCUUCGUAAGCCGUUGUUGAGAGCGAUUUAUCUAAUGAGGCUUGAAGGUGUUGAAGUAGAUGAAGAACAAACUGUCUCAGAACCGGAAUUGUUAGGCGAGAUCAUGGAAAUUAGGGAAGCUGUGGAAGAAGCCGCUGAUUCUCAAGCGCUAAAAAAUAUCCAAUCGCAGAUGGAAGAAAAACUGCGGCAUUGGUCCAAUUCCUUUGCAAAUGCUUUUGGGAGUAAAAGUUAUGAUGAAGCCAUAAAAUCGAUUCAGAGAAUGACAUAUUACCAUCGCGUGAACGAAGAGAUUGUUAAGAAGCUAUAGUUUUGUUACCUCUUUAUAUGAAACUUCCAAAUUUUAUUUAUUUUUUUAUUUUCUUGAUUUAUAUAAAGUAUAAACUAUAAACCCAUUGAAGGCAAUGAUUUGAAUGUUGUAGCCUGUUGCUGGAAAUGAAUAAAGAAAAUGCUUCUGUCAUU